AUGGCUCGAAAUGCUUUGAUUGUCCUAUUGGGCCUGACACUGCCAGCCCUGGGCGCAGUCCUGAGCGCUCCAGAACCGGUAUCCCAUUCUGUCAUCCAGAAGCGUGAUCUCUCUGGGUCAUCCUAUGUCUGGCUCAACGACAACACCGGUACUCCGCAACAUAUGGCUUCUGGUGUCUUACUCGGAAUUCCAAACAACCCCGACCAGAUCCCUGACCAUUGGCUAUCUGACAUCAAGUUCUGGAACAUGAGAUCUGGUGGUUCGCAGUUGGCUGAGCCCCGCCGUGGAUGGACUCGAGGACUAAACGAGUUCAUGGCAAGGGCGCUACGAGUACCUUAA